GACGUGCUCUCUUGUGUUUAGAAGUAGUUCGGUGAACUGCUGAAUUUAUGUUGUUGGUGGUUUCUUCCAUAAUAACAUGGACAUUUAAGAAGAAACACGGUUUACUGGAUUUUAGUUUAAAAUAUUUAUCAUACAGUCAAGCGAAAGUGUUUCUGCAGGUAGUAUAAGAUGGCGAACAAAGAAGAUGCCGCAGCCGAAUGCAGUAUUAAGGUGAUGUGCAGGUUCCGCCCCCUAAAUUCAUCUGAAAAAGAAAGAGGGGAUGAAUUUCUUCCAAAAAUAUCUGCUGAGGAUAAAGUAACUUUUGGAAGACCAUCAAAAAUGUACACAUUUGAUCGAGUAUUUGGCCCUUCAUCAACACAGGAACAAGUUUAUGUGGCUGGAGCAAGGCCCAUUGUUAAAGAUGUGUUGGAAGGCUAUAAUGGAACCAUAUUUGCAUACGGCCAAACUUCAAGUGGGAAAACUCACACAAUGGAGGGAGUAUUACAUGAUGACAAUCUGCGAGGCAUCAUUCCACGUAUCAUUGAUGAUAUUUUCAACCACAUCUACACCAUGGAUGAGAAUCUUGAGUUUCACAUUAAAAUAUCUUACUUUGAAAUUUAUCUUGACAAAGUGAAAGAUUUACUUGAUGUUUCAAAGACUAAUCUCUCAGUCCACGAAGAUAAGAAUCGUGUUCCAUAUGUGAAGGGAUGCACAGAGCGAUUUGUUGCAUCACCUGAGGAAGUAAUGGAAACAAUAGAUGAAGGAAAAUCUAAUCGACAUGUUGCUGUUACAAACAUGAACGAACACAGUUCACGAAGCCACAGUAUUUUCCUCAUUAAUGUAAAGCAAGAAAACACAAUGACGGAAACUAAACUUACCGGCAAACUUUACUUGGUUGAUCUUGCUGGAAGUGAAAAGGUUGGUAAAACAGGAGCUGAAGGAACAGUAUUACACGAAGCAAUGAACAUCAACAAAUCUUUAUCAUCUCUUGGUAAUGUGAUAUCUGCCCUUGCAGAUGGAACGAAAACCCACAUUCCCUAUCGGGAUAGUAAAAUGACGCGGAUAUUACAAGACAGCUUGGGUGGAAAUUGUCGAACUACGAUAUUUAUCUGUUGCUCACCAGCAAGCUACAAUGAACCAGAAACUAAAUCCACACUUUUGUUUGGUGUGAGAGCAAAGACGAUUAAGAACUCCGUGCAAGCUAAUGUGGAAUUAACUGCCGAGCAAUGGAGGAAGAAAUUUGAAAAAGAACGAGAUCGUAACAAACAGCUUAUUAAUACUGUCGCUCAUCUUGAAAAGGAACUUUCCAGGUGGAGAAGUGAUGAGAAUUGCAAUGAGAUAAGAGAUACUGUUCCUAUUGAAGAGCGAGUCAACACAAAGGACCGUGCUUCUCUAGCACCCAUAGUGGACAAUCACACUGCACCAGUUACACUUAUAACCAAUGCACAGAUUGCAACCGUUCAAUCCAAUGAUUCACUUGUAACAUCAGCUACAACAGAUUCACUUGAUGAUGAGAGACAGAACUUGUACAAGAUGCUUGAUGAUAAGGAUGAGGAGAUCAAUCAGACUUCACAGAUGUUGGAACGAGUGAAGCAACAGAUGACUGAGCAGGAAGACAUCAUCACACAACAUCGGAUCGAUUACGAAAACCUCCAGGAAGAGAUGACCAGGCUUCAGACGGAUAAUGAAGCUGCUAAGGAGGAAGUACAAGACGUCUUACAAGCUUUGGAAGAACUUGCAUUAAACUAUGAUCGUAAAGUGCAAAUAGCUGAAGACAAACAUAAAGAACUCAACCAAGUAUCUGAAGAAUUAAGUGAGAAAACUAAAUCGCUGAAUGCACUUGAGAUGGAGGUUGCUCACUUGAAAGAUGUUGGAGAUCUUCACAAACGACGUGUUAGUGAUCUAAUGACAUCAAUGUUGAAGGAUCUUGGUGAAAUAGGAACAGCUAUCAACAACAAGGAACAGCAAAUCCCAGAAACAAUUGGUGAGAAGUUUGAGGAGGAGAUCACGAUGACGAGGCUCUAUGUGUCGCGGAUGAAAUCGGAAGUGAAACAACUCGCAUCCAAGUGUCAUGGACUGCAGACGCAACAGGAGGAUAAUAACAAGAAGUUGGAAGAAAGUGAACAGGAGCUCUCAAACUCCCGUCUCCUCAUCUCACAGCAUGAAGCGAAGAUGAAAUCACUCAUCGAGUAUAUGAAGGAUGUUGAAAACAAGAAGAGGACAUUGGAAGAAUCUGUUGAUAAACUGAAUGAGGAUAUGGCUCAACUCCGAUCACGGGAGCAAAUGAGAGUAAUAGCUCUAGAAGACAAAGAGAAAGAAUCCAUGGAUCAUCAGAAGAAUGCAGAAGAGCUAAAACAUUCCCUGGAGCAAGAGCUUGAAAGUCAUCGUGACUCGCAUCACAUGCAGGUAUCGCGACUUCGGGAUGAAGUGGAAGAAAAGAUGAAGAUGAUUGAAGCUCUGAAAGACAACCAUCAAAAGUUGUUUUUGGAAAAUGAGAAACUUCAGUCUGAUUACGAGAAGUUAAAGAAAGAGGAACGAGAUAAGGAAUUAAAACUGAAAGAUCUUCAUUCAAAGUUUGAUAGAAGAGAACAAGCAAGACAGGACUUGAAGGGACUUGAGGAGACUGUUAGUAAAGAACUACAAACAUUACACAACCUUCGUAAACUUUUUGUGAGAGAUCUUAAUGCAAAAGUAAAGAAGGUAUCAACAUGAGGUAGAUAGAAUCAAGGAAGCUGUUAGAGCAAAGAAUAUGACAAGACGAGGACAUUCUGCACAGAUCGCAAAACCGAUCCGACCUGGACAGAAUUCAACGCAUGGAUCGACCAUCAGAGGUGGUGGACAACCUGUUAUAUCUAUUCGUGGAGGUGGCAGAAAUCGCACUCCUACCACACAACGUUAUGAUGAAGGUGACGUUGAUUCUUCUAUAAAGAAAGGAAUCCAAUCUCCACCAACGGCUGUAGGAGCUACAACAGCGCAGCUUGGGAAUAGAAAGGAUUCACAUCCACUGAAGUAAUGGAGAUGAAAAAACUUCGUCAACAACAACUUGCAACUCAACAGAAACCUCCUCACCAACGAUAUGGUUAUAACUCAUGAUGGGCAGUCUUCAACUUAUUAGAAAAUGUUCAGCAAUCUUGGAAUUUACUGCGAAUUAUUUCAUUUAUUUUCCCCCUUUAUAUAAGGGUUGGUGUGGUAGCACUUACUUGUGGUCCGUACAAAACAAAUCGCAAUUGAGAAGUUCCAAGCUUAUUUAUUUCCUCGCUGAAUGCAGCAUGGUUUGGAUUCUUCUGUUUGUGAUGUAGCAACAUGUGCUGGUGCUGUACACGUAGCAUGCAAAUGUUGAAGCCUACAAUAUCAAAGUGUUAUAAAACGACGUGCAACUAAUUAACAUAUUUAAUUAAUAGGUAAUCUAACCAACGUGUGAUGCGACCACACGUACUUGUUGCAAGUGUAUAGCUGGUAGCGACUUAAAGUGAGUGUAUAUUUAACACUGUAUAAUCACAAUACGUUAAUGCUUAUGCACGUCAUUGCUCCGCACCCCAUACCCGGUCGUGUUGCCGAUUAUUUUCUUGAACUAUGUUUCUUCACUCCCGAACCUCCGGUACGUUACGUUUACUAUACCAUGAAAUAUGCUGUACAUAACAUCCCCAUGAUAUUACCGAACAUUGGCAUCAAUGUAUUCUCGUGCAAUAAUCGCGGUGAUCAAAGUUUCGUAACCCCGGCACGAGUGGGUCGGUGAAGUCCGUAUUGUCACUGCGUUGUUUGUAGUCGCAUGAAGAUAAUUUGUGGUAAUUGUGUUUCGAAUGCAUGACUGACUGAUUAUGUGAGUAUUACCUAUGAUGUAGAUACCGGUAUUCGAUUGGUUGGCUGGUUUUGUGUGUCGUGAAUAUUUCGUAAAUUUUGCUGCUUUGUUACAUUGGGCAGCGCUAGUUAUGUAUACUAUAGAAUAAAUUUGUUGAAUGUC